AUGUCGUCAAUUACAUCCACCACCGUCAGUGCCGGCCAGGCGUCACUGACGCUACCCGCCCACACCCCGCCGGCGAAACCCAACUCAUACAGGCUGCCAACCGUUCAGAAGGUGCCCACAUUCGAGAACAAGGCUGACGAAAGGCUAUGGGCCAAGCGUCAGAUGGCGGCGGCCUUCCGGAUCUUCGCCAAGUUGGGGUUUUCUGAUGGCGUCGCUGGCCACAUGAGCCUUCGCGACCCGGAGAACCCUGAUCUCUUCUGGAUUAGUAUGUCAUAUUCUUGUAGAAGUAUCAUUGCGAGGCCGCUUGCUAACCAUCGUGCAGAUCCGUAUGCUGUGCACUUCAGCCUCAUCAAGGUCUCAGACCUCGUCUUGGUCAAUGCCGAAGGAGAGAUCCAAGAGCAAACACCUCACGCCAUCAGCCAUGCAGGUUUUAUCAUCCACUCUGUCCUGCACGAGAUGCGACCGGACAUCAAUGUCGCGGUCCAUCUACACUCACCUCAUGGCGUCGCAUGGUCCGCUUUUGGACGACCUAUAGAGAUGCUUGUGCAAGACAUGUGCUACUUCUACAACGACCUUUCAGUCUAUGAAGGCUUUGGCGGAACUGUACUGGCCAAAGAGGAGGGACGUAAUCUAGCCAAUGCCCUGGGACCGAAAAACAAAAACCUGAUUCUACAGAACCAUGGCAUCUUGACCUGCGGAAGCAAUGUCGGGGAAGCUGCAGGGCUAUUUAUCGCGUUGGAGCGAGCAUGCCAACGUCAACUCAUGAUCGAGGCUGCCGCUGCCAAUGGUAUUCCGAAGCAAUACAUUCACCGCGAUGAGGCAGAGUACUCUAAGCGCUACGACUAUACGCCCGAGAACACAUACAUGUCAUUUCAGCCAGAGUACCAAGCGAUUCUAGCAGAGACGAAUGGGUCGUUCUUAGAGUAG